AUGUACCGGAAGGUCUUGUGGAACGGUAUGGUCAACAGUAAUGACGGGUUGGUAACCUCCUCCGCUCCCGCACCCGAAGGACAAGAGCGCGGUCCUGAUAUCGAAGAAGCCACACAGGAUGCUCGAGGAGGAUAUAGUAACGUAAGGCUGGGAGAACGCAGGGACGCGCUACUGUGCAAUGUUGCGAAUCGACUGACAUGCUCUCGACCAUGGGGUAGCAUGCGUCGUACCUGGACUCCGCGCAGCCGGUCAGCAAAGAGUUUGAGUUUGGACCGGACGGGCUUUCGUGCUAGGCAGAACCGCAAUGCUCAACAGGAGAGUGUGUAUAAAAACACCCCGCCCCUGCGGCUUCAACACCAUAAGGCGGCCCUCACAAUUGCCCAGUGCUCUUUCGCUUCAGCCACAAUGCCCGUUUUCCUUGCUACUUCUUUGCUUCUGGCAUCCGCCGUCCAUGCAAACGUCCUCCCACGAGCAGGGAUCUCGACGUUCACGAUACCCUUUCCAACCCAAGCGGCACCAGUCACUACCACGGUCUCCGGCUGUGACUCAGUUGAUCCCUUCGUGAUCGUCGGCGUGCCGACAUCAACGGCCACAUUCUUCCCGGGAACUAGAACUAUCUAUGUCCCUCCACAGGCCUUCCCAACUCAAACGACCAUUAUCGACACUGUCCAAAACGCCACGGAGGUCGUCAUCGUGACCCCACUGCCAGGCACAUGCGGGGAGUUACCCUUCCCUUCAGAUACACCAACACCGACCGGUACGGACAGCGCAACCCCAACGCCCACGCCGGACAUAUGCCCAGAGGGCGGAUGUUCAGGCGAAGUGGUCAGGAACGCCCAGAUCAUCAUCAACGCCAUCAACAAGGUGACGCUGCUCUCUCAGAGUCUGCAAUCCGCCGCGAAGCAGAUCGGUGCAUCGCCCUUCGGGAAACGCGACGGCGCCAUAGCCCAGAGCCCCAUCACCGACGUCGCGGCAGGCCUCCGCAAUAUCGCAGCCACGCUCAGCUUUUCCGCCCAGGUAUUCCUGCCUCUGCCGCCGCUCCCGCCGGGGUGCAGCAGCGACACUGUGAUCAUCGCCUUGAUUGAGUUCGUGAGGGUGCACCAGGCCCUGCUCAACAUUCUGAUCGGCCGAGCUGGCCUCCUCCCAGGCGGCCCAAUCAAGAGGGAGGCGCUGAUCGAAGGAGACGUUGCAUUGGACGAGCGGGGCGACAAUGCUUUCAUUGGCGCCGUCGUUGCUGGCGCAUUGCGUGCGGUUGAGUCUAUCGUGGACACUGUCGCAUUCAAGCUCAUCGACCUCGUUCCAACUCGCAGCGAGUGCGCGAAGAAUCAAAAGGCCGCUCUUGACGCGAGCUUGGAGGAUGCGAUUACGGCCUACAAAGGCUAG